UAAACUUAUUUACAUACCUGCACUCAUGACAAAUGAUUCUGAUCCCUGGGAACCAAAGCCCCCAGGCAGGGCUGGGGGCAGUGUGGAGGCAAGGUUUCUAGGGGAGCUGUCUGAGGUGAGUCCUCCUCUUUCAUUUGCCUCCCUUACACUGCCUGAGUGUGCCACCAUUCAUCACCAACAUUGCCAGUGGAUUCUUUCCCAUUCUCAUCACCUUCACCCAUCAGGGCAGGAGGAGAGAGGGAGGCAGCCACCAGGGCUGUCAGAGGUGACAAAGCUUCAGGUUGGACUUGAAUUUCUUGCAUCUGGGCUAAUUGCUGUGGUGAUGCAUCCACCUAUAAAAAUUACAGCGUGGCUCACCCAGGGACCUAGAUUUGUUGCAAGCUUUGGGAGGGAGAAGAACUCUUCUUCCUGGUGGGUUCCCGCAGACUGCCGGCUAGGGCUCAGAGAACCAGCUUCUUCCCUGCUGUCUCCUGAGCCCAGUCCCUCUUGGCUAUCACAUUGAUCCUGCCCUAUGGCGGCCCUCACGGACCUCUCGUUUAUGUACCGCUGGUUCAAGAACUGCAAUCUGGUCAGCAAUCUCUCAGAGAAGUAUGUCUUCAUCACAGGCUGUGACUCUGGCUUCGGGAACCUGCUGGCCAAACAGCUGGUUGAUCGGGGCAUGCAGGUGCUGGCUGCUUGCUUCACUGAGGAGGGAGCCCAGAAACUUCAGCAGGAUACCUCCUGUCGGCUGCAGACCACCCUACUGGAUGUCACCAAAAGUGAAAGCAUCAAGGCGGCGGCCCAGUGGAGACAGGGUCUCACUCGCUCACCCAGGCUGGAGUACAGUGGCACCAUCACAGCUCAGUGUAAUUUUGAACAAGGCCUCUGGGCCCUGGUGAACAAUGCUGGUGUGGGCCUGCCCAGUGGUCCCAACGAAUGGCUGACCAAGGAGGACUUUGUGAAGGUGAUCAAUGUGAACCUGGUGGGACUGAUCGAAGUGACCCUUCACAUGCUGCCCAUGGUCAGGAGAGCCCGGGGCAGGGUUGUCAACAUGUCCAGCUCUGGUGGUCGUGUGGCUGUCAUCGGUGGUGGCUACUGUGUCUCCAAGUUUGGCGUCGAAGCCUUCUCUGACAGCAUUAGGCGUGAGCUCUACUACUUUGGGGUGAAGGUCAGCAUCAUUGAGCCAGGGAACUACCGGACAGCCAUUCUGGGCAAGGAAGGCAUGGAGUCACGCCUGCGAAAGCUUUGGGAGAGGCUACCUCAGGAGACCCGGGACAGCUAUGGAGAGGAGUACUUCCGCAUCUAUACCGACAAAUUGAAAAACAUGAUGCAGCUGGCAGAGCCCAGAGUCAGAGAUGUCAUCAACAGCAUGGAGCAUGCUGUUGUUUCCCGGAGCCCUCGCAUCCGCUACAACCCUGGCCUGGAUGCAAAACUCCUCUACCUCCCCCUGGCUAAGCUGCCCACCCCUGUGACAGAUUUCAUCCUGAGCCGGUACCUUCCAAGGCCAGCAGACAGUGUCUAAACUGGGGAGGCUCCAUAGGUCAGUGGAGUAUAGAAGAGCGGGUGGAAGGACUUCAGGGUCACAAACGGUGGUAUCGGAUAUCCCGGGGGCAUUGGCUGCAAAGGACUCUUGGCUCAGCUGACACCCACUGCUGUCAGAUUUACCAGUAACUUCUAAUCGAAGAUGAAUGCUUCUUCCCACCCUCUGGGGCCCCACGGAAACCUGAGGUGGCCUUUGCAGGUUCGGUGAUCUGCAGCAAUGGCUCUGAGGACAUCUGCCACCCAGUCAGGAUAUGGCUUCUUCUGGUCCUGGAAAAGUCAUGGAGAAAACCAGCUCCUGCUGAAUCAUGAGCGCCUUUCAGUUAUCACUGCCACUGAGAAAUACUGUGGGAUAAUCUAGCCCCCAGGAGAAUCUAACCACCUUCCUACUGGGUUCCUCAAUAUGCACAACUUCAUUCACAUAACCCAUUACUGAAGUACAUAGUAGGGCAGAUAGGGAGUGCAAGAUUACAUCAGACAAAAGUUUAAAAUAUCUUCUCUCUUUUUACAUUCUUCUAUCUAUAGGUGAUUGGGAUCCACAUGAAAUAACAUUCAUUUAUUUAAUCAUCACUGAGUAAUUUUUCAAAUAUUUAUUGAAUGCCUACUACCUACCAGGCACUUUGUAGGUGCUGGGGGAAUAUAAAGAUGAAUAAACCAUGAUCUUGGUUUUUUAUUGUU